AUGCUUCUACCGGGUUCAAUCAGUGAUGCCGGUUGGAACGCUUUGGCUUAUGAAGGACUCGUAGCAAUCGAAAAGCAACUCGGUGCGGAGACCAGCCACGCUGAGACCCGAACCCCCGCGGAUCAGGAAGAACAAUUCCGUUCCUACGCACUUGACGAUUACGACUUGGUAUUUGGACACGGCUAUGAGUUCCAAGACCCAGCGAAAGCAGUCGCUGCCGACUUUCCUGAGACGAUUUUCAUAACAUCUUCCGGUGGCACGAUCACGGACAACAUCUCGCCAGUUAACUUUCGUGUUGAGGAGCCUGCCUAUCUUUUAGGGAUGAUCGCAGGCAUGAUGACGAAAACCAAUAAACUCGGUGUGAUGGGUGGACAGAACAUACCGUCUGUGAAUAGCACGUUUAUGGCGUUUGAAGGCGGUGCGAAAAGUGUGAACCCUGAAGUAGAGGUGUCUUCGGUAUACGUCGGGAAUUGGGAAGACAUUGGCAAAGGUAAAGAACUUGCACUUGCACAGAUUAAUGAGGGUGUUGAUUUUAUUUUCCCGAAUGCAGACGCAGCUGGACUCGGUGCCUUUGAGGCAGCUGAAGCCGCGCAAAAAGAGGGAAAAAUGGUAUACACUUUUGGCGCGAAUCGUGACAAGAGUGAUAUUUCCCCAACUGUGAUUGCGAAUGCCGUGAUUACACCGAAUGCUUUUGUGAAAAUUGCCGAGAUUGUCAAGAAUGGCGAAUUCAAACCGCAGAUCUAUACCUUCAACAUGUUAACAGAUGAAGCAAUCACGCUUGUCUAUAACCCUGCGCUAAAGGAUAAGGUGCCGGCAGAUGUACAAAAAGCCGUUGAAGCGGCAAAAGCCAAAAUCCUCGCGGGCGAGUUGAAAGUACCACAAAUCGAUUUUUCUGAAAAGGAAGACGACAAAGACUAA